AUGAAAAGUAUAACCAAUAUAGCAGUUGAGCUAUAUUAUAAGUACCCUAAAGAGAAAGUCGUAGGCUAUUUCAAUGGAAAUACACCUGAACUAAUAAUCCGAGAUCCAGAAAUAGUGAGAGAUAUAUUAAGCGUUGACUUCGAAUAUUUUUACCUACGAGGCUUAGGAAGAGAUGUGAAAAAGGAACCUUUACUGAAAAAUAUUUUUCACGUAGAUGGUGAUGCCUGGAAACUUGUACGUCAAAGAUUAACACCCGCUUUUACAACAGCUAAGUUGAAGGGUAUGUUUCCAUUAAUAGUCAAAUGUGCUGAGAAGCUUAAGGGAUUGGGUGAAGAUAUUGUGGCAAAAGGUGGAGAAUGUGACGCUCGUGACCUGAUGGCUCGAUUUACCACCGAAUUUAUCGGUGCUUGUGGUCUUGGUAUUGAAAUGGAUACGAUUACGACUGAAAAUUCAUUUUUCCGAAAUUUAGGGAAGAAAAUGUUUUCCCGUUCACGAAAAGAAAUAUUUAUCCACGCAAUAUGGGAACUAUUUCCAGAAAUAAGAAGCAUGCUUAACCUUUUUAAUCCAAAAUUGGAGAAAUUGCUUAUUGAUAUUAUAACUCAGGUAUUCGAACAAAGAAAUUAUAAACCUUCGGGUAGAAAUGACUUUGUGGAUUUGAUAUUAGAUUUAUCGACGAAAGGCAAAAUAGAGGGUGAGUCUAUUGAAGAACGACAUCCAGACGGAACCCCAAAACAUGUCGAAAUGGAAAUGGAUUUGCUCUGUAUGAUAGCACAAGUGUUCAUAUUCUUUGGUGCUGGCUUCGAAACUUCGUCUUCAUCUACAAGCUUUACUUUACAUGAACUUGCAUUCAAUCCUGAUAUACAAGAAAAUAUACAAAAUGAAAUUGACCGAGUUCUGGCUAAGUACGAUAACAAGCUUUGCUACGACGCUGUAGCAGAAAUGACGCUCCUUGACAUGGCAUUUAAAGAGUCUUUGAGAAUGUUUCCUCCUUUAGGUACUCUACAUAGAGUUUGCGCAAAAAGAUACACAAUCUCCCAAAUUGGUGUUACCAUUGAUUCUGGAGUUAAAAUCAUUAUUCCUUUACAAGCCAUUCAAAAUGACCCACAAUAUUUUGAAAAUCCGGAUAAAUUUAUGCCCGAAAGGUUUAGCGCAGAAAAGGAGAGUGCUAGACGUCACUAUGUAUAUAUGCCUUUCGGAGAAGGUCCCCGAGCGUGCAUAGGAGCUCGAUUGGGUCACAUGCAGUCUCUAGCGGGGUUGGCCGCUCUCCUGCACAGGUUUACAGUGGAACCGUCAAAUAAAACACAAAGGAAGCCUCCAGUUGAUCCAAGAUUAAAUAUUAUACAGAGUGUCAUAAAUGGAAUCCCACUUAAACUAAAAUUAAGAAAAAAA